ACCACCAGCCAAAAAACAGGUUGAACAUGAAGGCGUUGCUCUUACUGAUCCACGGGCAUGGAAUAAAAAGCCACCCGAUUUGUGCUCACCAUAGAUUUCUUUGUGUUUUUGUAGUAAGGGUUCCAUCCGAUGCUCAUCACCAUUUUGUAAACGUCGCCAUUCCCGACACAAGCCCAGCCAUAAUAGAUUCCUGUGCUGAUAUCUGCUGGAAGAUUGUCCACCACCGAAUCCGGGAAGUUGGCUGGAGAUCCGAGGGGGACAGAGCAAGGGAAGAAGAAUAAAAUGAAAAAGAGGUAAAGGUGAUCGCCGACUGAAGGAAAUCUAACAUCUUGGGAGAGACUGCUGGCUUCUUUACAGAACUCACUAAAAGCAUCUUUCCUGAGGUCUCCUUGAAAACAUGCGAUUGCUCAGACAAAGAUGGUGGCAACUGUUACUGAAGUUGAGCGUUGUGCUGGGAUCACUGUUGCUGCUGUUUCUGGUCCUGCAAUGGGACAGCCCCUUGCCUCCUGAACUGAUCCACAGUCCCAACUGGUUGGAGUACCAGGAUUAUGAAUUUGGCGCAGAGGGAGUUUGUAACUGCUCAGCAAUCCAACGGGGAGACUCGGAGGCACUGCAGCAAGCCAAAUUAUUAACCAUUACAAGAGACUUUCGGAAGAAUAUUCAGAUCCCUGACGAGUAUUACAUUAAUGAAACCGAGGACUGCAGGGAAUUCACGUCAAAGAGGAAAUACAUAACAUUUUCUCUAAGCAAAGAAGAGGAGGAAUUUCCUCUGGCAUAUUCCAUGGUUGUUCAUCACAAGGUGCAGAACUUUGAACGACUGCUGCGAGCCAUUUAUGCACCUCAGAACAUUUAUUGUGUUCACGUGGAUGAAAAAGCCCAGCCCUCUGUAAAAGUUGCCAUUCGGAGCAUUGCUUCCUGUUUCCCCAAUGUCUUCAUGGUCAGUCGGGCUGUGAGUGUGGUCUAUGCUGGUUGGCCCCGUGUCCAAGCUGACCUUAACUGCAUGGCUGACCUCUAUAAUGCCAGUGCAGAGUGGAAGUACUUCAUCAACCUUUGUGGCCAAGACUUCCCUCUAAAAACUAACUUGGAAAUGGUAAGGAUGCUGCGCUUGCUGAAAGGUGGCAACAGCAUGGAGUCAGAAAACAUGCCUGAAGGGAAGAAGUGGAGGAUAUCACAGAUUCACGAGAUUGUUGAUGGGACAAUAAAGUCAACGGGAAAGUCAAAGAGUCCACCUCCCUUCAACCUGCCCAUUAAGUCAGGAAACGCCUACAUCGUGGUAACUCGGGGCUACGUCCGCAGUGUUUUGGAAGACACCAGAAUACGAUCCCUUAUUGAGUGGUCCAAGGACACCUACAGUCCAGAUGAGUUCCUAUGGGCCACCAUUCAGCGUAUCCCUGGUGUCCCCGGCUCAACAAGGCCCCACACUAAGUACGACCAGACAGACAUUAAUGCCAUUGCACGGCUGGUAAAGUGGGUGUGGCAUGAGGGAUUGGAGGAUUCAGCAGUGUACCCUGAGUGUCAGGGCAACCAUGUAAGGUCCAUAUGUGUGUAUGGAGCUGGGGACCUACCAUGGCUCCUGGAGAACCACCACCUCUUUGCCAACAAGUUUGACACUUAUACUGAUCCUAUUCCUGUCUUCUGCUUAGAGAAACAUCUCCGACAGAAAGCUCUGGCUGAGUCAGAGGGUGAAUAUUUUUUUUGGUCUCGUUAGAUGACUUAAAAUAAGAUUAUCUGCUACAUCUUACAGAAAGAGCUUCCCUAUCUCUACCUGCAAUUUCUUCUGACCUGAACACUGACCAACAUCUUGCAGCUUCUCUCCUUUACUACAUUUAUCGUGCCUCAAAGAAUUUUCCCCUUUCAUGAGACUGAUCUAACAAGUUUGCGAUGCAGAUAGUUACCCCUCCUGUUCCUGAUUCUGGUACUUGUUUUGAAUGUCUGUUUUGUAUAACAUUUUGAAAACCAAAUAACAAGUAUUAAAUAAUAAAAAAAGCUGGUA